CUUUUGGACUUUGGUCAGUGAAAACAAACACUAGAUAAAUAAUUUUGUGGGUUAAAUUUUAAACCCUCCCUCCGUAUGCUACGUUUGGUUGAGUCCAGAGUUCCAACAGAUCCAAGAUGGCGGACUGAGCAAAGACAUGCAGAAGUUCACUUUUAAUUCUAAACCCUGAGGCCUGUUAUCCUUUCUUUCGCUUGUCGGAUUGAUAUAUGUUGAGAAGGUGUGCUGACAUUCCCGGCAAUGUUCGGUUGAAGGACUCAAGACAGUGGAGGGAAAGCCAGUCCAAGCAAGGGUCUUCCAGAUUUGUAUCGGAAGGUUUUGAGAUCUACAGUGUUCUCCAGGUGUCUUUUUCUGGGAUGUCCAGGCUAGGUGGCCUGAAGGGGUCCAGCCCCGAAGCACAGGCCACCGGCACAGACACACUACACAAGCAUCUACAGAUGGACACAUCCACAUGUCAAGAUACCUGCACAGCUGCUUGAAAGAGAGAACUGACCAAGCUGCAAGCAGGCUGAACUUUGGACCUGAUAUUCAGGAUCCAACUGGUCUGCAGAGAGAGAUCAUCUUUGUUGGUGUCUUCCAACUUCAUUUCUCUCUCUUCAAUUCCCACAUAUUUGACAUUCCAUCCAUCAAAUAAUCAGCUAUCCUUCACUCUGUCCCUCUUUCCAUUCAGUCACCAGACAGUGUUUUUUUGUGCUGCUGAGCUAGAAGUGAAGAGCAGGUAAUGGAUGAUGCUGGCCAUGGUGACCUAGUCUAAAUGGCUAUUCCUCAGCACAGCUCAGUGCCAGUAUCUACUGCUCAAUCUUCCACCUCCACUCCCUCCUCUUCUCACUCCUACUCCACCUAUCUGCUCUCCUUCCCUGUUCACCACUGUUGCUUGCUGCCCAGUCCUGCCUCUCCCCUCCAACACCAUGGUAGGUGCAGGUUUGGGUGUGUGGAAACUAAUGAGAGGUGUCCGCCAGCUGGAGCUUCACCGCCUCAUCCUGGCACUUAUCAUAUUCUGCUUGCUGUCCAUGGCCUUCCUAGCUUACUAUGUCUCCAACAGCCCCAAAAUCAAGGAGGCACCCCCUUUACCUUUCAGUGACUGUGGUGGAGGAGGGGGGAUAUCACCUGGAGCAAGUACUGGAACUGCUGGAGGAGGUCCAGGUGUCCAGAGAGCACCACUUUUCCUUCCCUCACGUCAGGGCCGACUACGACAGGUGAAGGCAGUGGAUAAUUCCAGGACGCAGCCCGUAGUUCUGGUGUUUGUAGAGAGCAUCUACUCCCAACUGGGCCAGGAGAUUGUAGCCAUAUUAGAGUCUAGCCGCUUCCACUACCGGACAGAGAUUGCGCCUGGUAAAGGUGACAUGCCCACAUUGACGGAGCAUAACCGUGGACGCUACACACUGAUCAUCUAUGAAAAUGUGCUGAAAUAUGUCAAUCUGGAUGCAUGGAACCGUGACUUGCUGGACAAGUACUGUGCUGAGUACGGAGUAGGUGUCAUUGGCUUCUUCAAAGCUAAUGAAAACUCUCUUCUCAGCGCACAGCUCAAAGGUUUCCCCCUCUUUCUUCACUCACACCUGGGACUCAGGGAUUACCGCAUCAACCCCAGUGCUCCUCUACUCUACAUCACCAAGCCCAACCAGGUUGAGCAGGGCUCUUUACCAGGGGAUGACUGGACCAUUUUCCAGUCCAACCACUCUACCUAUGAACCAGUGCUUCUGGCCAGCACCAAGUCCUCUGAGGUACUGGCACAUUUUGGAGCCAGCCCCCUGCGAGCCCUCCACGCCACAGUGGUCCAGGACUUGGGGCUUCACGAUGGCAUUCAAAGAGUUCUUUUUGGGAAUAAUCUCAACUACUGGCUUCACAAGCUAGUGUUUGUAGAUGCCAUUGCGUAUCUGACAGGAAAGAGACUGUGUUUGUCCUUGGACCGCCACAUCCUGGUGGAUGUGGAUGAUAUAUUUGUUGGCAAAGAGGGAACCCGUAUGAAGGUGUCAGAUGUCGAGGCGUUGCUCAACACACAAAACAAGCUGAGAGCACUGGUCCCUAAUUUUACCUUCAACUUGGGAUUUUCUGGAAAGUUCUAUCACACAGGAACUGAUGAGGAAGAUCGGGGAGAUGACAUGCUGCUGCAACACAGGAUGGACUUCUGGUGGUUUCCUCACAUGUGGAGCCACAUGCAACCCCACCUCUUUCACAACGUCAGUGUGUUGGCUGAGCAGAUGAGGCUCAACAAAAUCUUUGCUCAGGAACAUGGCAUCCCAACAGAUAUGGGCUAUGCAGUGGCUCCACACCAUUCAGGGGUUUACCCAGUUCACAGUCAGCUCUAUGAGGCCUGGAAGUCUGUGUGGGGCAUCAAGGUGACCAGCACAGAGGAAUACCCCCAUCUGAGGCCAGCUCGUUACCGCAGAGGCUUCAUCCACAAUGGGAUCCAGGUGCUGCCCAGGCAGACCUGUGGUCUGUUCACCCAUACAAUCUUCUACAAUGAAUACCCAGGAGGUUCGAAGGAGCUGGACAAGAGCAUCAGAGGAGGAGAACUCUUCCUCACUGUCCUCUUAAACCCUAUCAGUAUCUUCAUGACCCACCUGUCUAACUAUGGCAAUGAUCGGCUGGGUCUGUACACCUUUGAGUCUUUGGUGAAGUUUGUCCAGUGUUGGACCAACCUAAGGCUGCAGACAUUGCCCCCUGUCCAGCUUGCUGAGAAAUACUUCCAGAUCUUUCCUGAGGAGAGAGACCCACUUUGGCAGAAUCCUUGUCAUGACAAGAGACACAAAGAUAUCUGGUCAAAAGAAAAGACCUGUGACCGACUCCCUAAGUUCCUCGUCAUUGGACCACAGAAAACAGGAACUACAGCGCUUCAUUCAUUCCUGAGCCUCCACCCAGCAAUCACCAGCUCCUUCUCCAGUCCCACCACCUUUGAGGAGAUCCAGUUCUUCAAUGGAGGAAACUAUGACAAUGGAAUUGACUGGUACAUGGACUUCUUCCCAUUCCCUUCCAAUGUCAGCACAGAUUUCAUGUUUGAGAAGAGUGCCAACUACUUUGACACAGAGGUAGCACCUAAGAGAGCUGCUGCCCUGCUUCCCAGAGCUAAAAUCCUGGCAGUGCUCAUCAACCCAUCUGACAGAGCAUACUCCUGGUACCAGCACCAGAGGGCUCACCAGGACCCUACGGCCCUCAACAACACUUUCCAUGCAGUGGUGACUGCAGGCCUCUCAGCCCCCAGGGACCUCCAGGCCCUUCAGAGACGCUGCCUUCAUCCCGGGGCCUAUGCUACUCACCUGGAGCGCUGGCUGCAACACUACCAACCCAGCCAGUUGCACAUCGUGGAUGGGGCCCUGCUUCGCUCCAACCCAGCAAUGCUGAUGGAGGGAAUCCAGAGAUUCCUUGGUGUCACUCCUAUCUUCAACUACACCCAGGCUCUAAUGUAUGAUGACAGCAAAGGUUUCUGGUGUCAGCGAGUGGAAGGAGGUCGAACCAGAUGUCUAGGGAAGAGUAAAGGCAGGAAGUACCCAGAGAUGAGUUCUGAGUCGCGUGCCUUUCUGGCAGAGUACUACCGUGAGCACAACAUGGAGCUACUGCAUCUGCUGAAUCGUUUGGGCCAACCGCUUCCGUCCUGGCUCCGCCAAGAACUCCAGAGCACGAGCUGGAGCUGAGGCCACAUGCUCAUACAGACACACCACAGAAAAAACGGGACUGGAAUCUAUGGAUGAGCCAACAUUUGGUUCUGUAUUAGAUUGGACUAACUGAUCUGCAAACAGCAGCACACACUAAAACAGCUAUUUAAGGUUUUAGCUGAAGUUACUGGUGCUCCUGUUCCAUGGAAAAAAGACAGUACAUGAUGAGAUCUUUCUGUAAGUGUUGGUCACUAUUAGAGAAGGAUCCCAAUCUCCCUCCAACUCCUGAUUUGUUGCCAACAUCGUGCGUGCACUGGACAGCCCUCAAUCUUGGUCGACGUGUGUUUGUAGGGGGCUGACACUUUACACAUCAGUUUGCUUUGGAUUCAGAGGGCUGGCUGACCAGACGGCAUAAAGAACAGGUCACACAGCCUUAAUGCAACGAAAGCAGCUCACAGGAUGAGAGUCUGGAUGUGAGUGUAUGAAGUGUACAGAAUGAACACGCACAAAUACACACACAAAAAUCUCUCCAAAAGAAUGAUUGUAAAGCAGCCAAUUUACAAAAGCAGUUGUAUAUGUUAGGUUUGAGGGGUGGCUGGGAAACAAACUGGCCAGCAGCCUGAAGCAGACCGUACAGAAAGACAGUCCAUAUCAUGGUCCAGAUUUGUCUGUUACACACACACACACACACACACACACACACACACACACCUGCAGGUCAAGACAACAGUCAGGGUGCUACAUUUCCUUAUACCCCGACAGUUUUCCAGACUGUUUACUGUAGAGACAAACAUUUUAAAUAUGGAUUUAGCGAAUAUGAUGACAGGUCAAUGUAAAUAUAAUGUUAGAUUUGGUACUUGACUAAAACCCAGGAGUGGUCCAGGCUCUGCCCGACACAUAACAUCCUGUCAGGGAAACAGCUGUUGGUGAGCAACUUUAUGAUACUUUGUUUAUUAAAGGUGAAGAUGGAUUUUGGAUAAUGAUAUACUUUAAGGUCUCCCUUCAUUCUCCACUUAUACAUUAAGAUCAAUUAUAUACUUGCUGUUAACCUGCAUAGCACAGUUUUAUGAAAAUAGACCAUCUACAUUUCAAUAAAUGCGUGAAUCAAACAAACUGUUGAGCAAAGGAUGUGUUCAAGGACUGCAUAUUUGGUUAUUCAAGCAAUGUUAUAUUAAGUGUGAUUUCCAUACCAAGCUGAGAGAAUGAUUAGUCUGAAACAAAGUCGAAAUAUGUACAGCCCACUAGUGUAGUUGAAUUUUCUAAGAGACAGCGUCUUUACUUAUGAGGAGCGUUAUAUUAAAUGAAAAUGAGCCACGGUGUGUUUACCAAUUAAAUUUGUCUGUAGAGACUAAACCGGUGGAUCUCAAACUUUUUCUGUCAUGCCCCUCUUAAAAAGCUGAAAAAUGUUUAUUUCCCCCAUCAUGGAUUCUUUUGGCAAUCGUUCACAAUGACGUGAAGUUGCCAAAUAAAAGGACCCAAGUUUAAUGUAGGUAAAAUAAUGGUCAGCACCCUAGCAUCAGCAAAUUCUUGUUUGCAUCAGCCUCAGCAAGCAAGUUUGCCCCCCAUCAUGUCAACAAAAAAGGGUCAAAUUUGAAGCAACAGAUGUAAAAAUAUCUUGAUACUGUUCCUGCUUGCUCAAUAACCACCUCUUUCAAACUUAAUCUGUCAAGUUUGUGCCUCUUGCCCUCUGAGAUAACACUGAUGACAUCAUCAGAGAUAUUUUCUCAGACGUGACAAAGCUCCUCCACAACCACAGAAGGCAUAGGUCAUUAUAAACCAAAUAUGUUCUGAAAAAAUUGCUACACACCUCACCUCACACACACACACACACACACACACACACUCACUCUUGUCUCCAUCUGAGAACAGUAACCCAAUGGAUGUCAUUGGACA